AAGAAGAAUAGGGAAGAAGUAAAAGACGAGGAGGAGGAGAAGAACCAGAAAAUCAGAAGAAAAAGAGGUGGAGAGGAAGUAGAAAAGGAGAAGAAUGAAAAGACAUACCUUCGGCAUCUGUCCAGAAGAAUCACUAAGGCGACCGCUUGUUCGCAUAUUCUUGCUUUCCCCUCUUCACCUACGGCCGCAUCGCCUGGCUUGUUCCAAGCGACAUAG